GUUUAAGGUCUGACCUCAUCAUCCUGUCAGUAUGGGUUCCCACCUACACUGUUAGCGGCAGCUUUCUGGCUUCAGCUAAGCUGGAAGUAUUCACAGUGUAUCACAGGCAGAGGGGGAGGGGAGAGAAAGCAAGAAAAACUGCUCGCUCUCUCAGCACUUGUGCUUUUGUUAGUUCUACACAAGAGGCAGAGAGAAACAAGAGAUAACAAAGGCUCCAUUUCCUUUCUGUUAGAGAAGGCUUUUGUCUUUUUUCUCGGGCAACAAUGUCAGUGUCCGGCAAGAAAGAGUUUGAUGUGAAACAGAUCCUGAGGCUGCGCUGGAGAUGGUUUAGUCAUCCUUCUCAAGGAUCGCCUAACACUGGAAGCUGCCUUCAGCAGGAAGGAUAUGAGCAUAGAGGGACCCCAGUGCAGGGCAGGUUGAAGAACCACUCACGGGACAGAAACGGACUGAAGAAAAGCAAUAGUCCUGUCCACAACGAUAUACUGACGCCAGUGCCAGGACCAGCCCCUACCCAUCAAAGAGUCCUUCAGAAUUGGCACCAACAAAACGUGAUAGUACAUUCUCAAGCAAAUGAAGACACUCCUAAAGCCAUUCCAGAAGGAAAUUUGCUCAAAGAGGCUUGGGAAAAGAGUUCACGAGAUUUGGAGAUGAUGGGUGAUGACAAUAUAGAAGAUACUAGAGCACGACAACAUGUUGAGGAACCUGAACAAAUGGCUAGCAGUUCUGAGGAUCACUACCGUUCUCGAAACCAUGCAGAUCAUACUCUCUGUAAAAUGGAAACCUAUUUGAAGGAGAAAAAACUGUGUGAUGUGCUCCUUAUAGCUGGACCUCUGAAAAUCCCAGCUCACCGAUUGGUUCUCUGUGCUGUGUCUGAUUAUUUUGCUGCAAUGUUUACUAAUGAUGUUCUUGAAGCCAGACAAGAAGAGGUCAAAAUAGAAGGAGUAGAUCCAAAUGCACUUAAUUCUUUAGUGCAGUAUGCUUAUACAGGAAUGCUGCAACUGAGAGAAGACACCAUUGAAAAUUUGUUGUCUGCAGCCUGUCUCUUACAGCUGACUCAGGUCAUUGAUGUCUGCUGCAAUUUCCUCAUAAAGCAGCUUCAUCCUUCAAACUGCCUAGGGAUUCGCUCAUUUGGAGAUGCCCAGGGCUGUAUGGAGCUUCAGAAUGUGGCACAUAAGUACACCAUGGAACACUUUAUUGAGGUAAUAAAGAACCAAGAAUUCCUGCUGCUUCCAGUUAAUGAAAUAUCAAAGCUUCUGUGUAGUGAUGACAUUAAUGUGCCUGAUGAAGAAACAAUUUUCCAUGCUCUUAUGCAGUGGGUAGGUCAUGAUGCCCAGACUAGGCAACGAGAUCUGGCGAAGCUGCUUUCCUAUAUCAGACUGCCAUUACUCUCGCCACAGUUGCUUGCAGAUCUGGAAAACAGUUCAAUGUUUAGUGGUGAUCUGGAAUGUCAGAAGCUACUAAUGGAAGCUAUGAAGUAUCAUCUCUUGCCUGAGAGAAGAUCCAUGUUGCAAAGCCCUCGUACAAAGCCUAGAAAAUCAACUGUGGGGGCACUUUAUGCUGUGGGAGGUAUGGAUACUGCUAAAGGUACCACUACAAUUGAGAAGUAUGACCUCAGAAGCAACAGUUGGGUGCAUAUUGGCACUAUGAGUGGUCGGAGGCUGCAGUUUGGAGUUGCAGUAGUUGAUAAUAAGCUUUAUGUUGUGGGAGGAAGAGAUGGCUUAAAAACGUUGAACACUGUGGAAUGUUUCAAUCCAGUUACUAAAACCUGGGUUGUGAUGCCUCCUAUGUCAACACAUAGGCAUGGGCUAGGCGUAGCCACACUUGAAGGACCAAUGUAUGCUGUUGGAGGUCACGAUGGAUGGAGCUAUCUAAAUACUGUAGAAAGAUGGGAUCCUGACGGUCGUCAGUGGAAUUAUGUGGCCAGCAUGUCAACUCCACGAAGCACAGUUGGAGUUGUUGCAUUAAACAACAAGCUGUAUGCUAUUGGUGGACGUGAUGGAAGUUCCUGUCUCAAGACCAUGGAACACUUUGACCCACAUACUAACAAAUGGAGUAUGUGUUCCCCGAUGUCCAAAAGACGUGGAGGUGUAGGGGUAGCAACACACAAUGGAUAUUUGUAUGUUGUUGGGGGUCAUGAUGCCCCAGCUCCUAAUCAUUGCUCCAGGCUUUCUGACUGUGUGGAAAGAUAUGAUCCAAAAUGUGAUUCGUGGACAACUGUGGCACCUUUGAGUGUUCCUCGAGAUGCUGCUGCAGUGUGCCCCCUUGGAGACAAACUCUACGUGGUUGGCGGAUAUGAUGGUCAUACUUAUUUGAAUACUGUUGAGUCAUAUGAUGCUCAGAAAGAUGAAUGGAAAGAGGAAGUCCCUGUGAACAUUGGAAGAGCCGGAGCUUGUGUUGUUGUUGUGAAGCUACGCUGAAAUUAUCAUUUGCUAAUGCAAUGAAAUGGAUUUCAAGAAUGAAGAAAAACACAUGUUCUUUUAUGAAGUUCAUAAGCAAACUAAACGCUGUUGUGCCAUUCUCAUGUGUAGUUGAAACUGUUAACAAUCAUAAGGCUGAAAACUAAACUUAAAUGUGGAUUACAUGUUAGUGUUAAGUGUAUUGCUCGGUUUAUAGUCUAAUGAGAAAUCAAUAGGCAAUUAUCUAGGCUCAUUACCAUAAAAUGUUAAAAUACCUGGUGGAUAUUUGGUAGUGGGCAAUAUUUGAAGGUGAUGACUACAUUAACAGUUUUCUUGUAAGGAUCUGGGAAGUAAAAAAUAAAAUUAUGUUAAAGGUACUCUACUGUCUGCAAGUUUAAUACAAAAUUGACAAAAGCUUUAAAGCAUAAUGUCUUGUUUUCAAACAAUAACUCAGAUUGCUAAUAAUACCUCACAUUUGUCAAGAAGAAAGGUUUUUCUGCAUCAAAAUGAAUGCGAUCGUUCGUUGAUAUAAUUUGCUAUACUAAUCACACCAUUUCAAACUUUUCACAUGCCUAUGAUUUUUAGUUAACUAUCUGCCAAAAAUACAUGAAUAAAUUUUCUAUUUUAUGAGGUGGUGUAUUGAUAGAUUCAUUUUCAGUAAAAUAACAUAAUGUCACAUAUACAAUCUUUAUUCUGAAACAGUGAAUCAGUGAAUAGUAUAUUGAUACAAACUGUGACCUAAGCUCCAGAGUGUGAGGGCCUCAUUUGUACAGAAAUUAAUUUUCUCCUGAAACAUUUAAUGUGUUCUCUAUAAUCACCUUCCAUUAAGUUUAAAAAGUUGAUUUAAACAAUUCUAAAGAAGAUUAUAAUUGAGAAAAUGAUUCACAAUGCUGACACUUGGAUACACUGAAAUGUUUAAUAGUCUAAUUCUAUAAUUUCUAUUUACCUAUCAAUAUCUGCUUUUCUUUUAAUUUCAUAAUAAUGCAUAUCCAGUAGAAUAUGGUAAGAAUAAAUGUACUACAAAACUGUACUUUUGAAGUUAAAAAAUAAUAUUGAGUCAUAUUUUAUCUUUUAACUAUUAUUCUCACUCAUACUACCUAAUGACAAAACUAUAUGGUGAAAUAUUGAAAACUCACGUUUAUGUAGUUAAUUUUUCAAGUAAAUGUUCCACUCUAGAAUUUCUAUAAUGUCUUCUUUUAAAUGACCUUUGUACUGUAGACUAUCAAAAAAAUGUAAAAAUCCAGAGAGAUGCUUAUAAUAUGUAUUACUGCUACCUAUUAAUUUUUAAAAUAACAUCAUAAGUUGCACAAAGAUGUUUGUACUAUGACCAGCUGAAUUUAAAUAAAAUCUUUUCUCUCUGGC